AUUAUUCCAUAGAAGUAUGAAAUGGCGGCGGCUAACAAAUCCGAUACUUCUGGCGGCCAAAUAUCUUCGAAUAGUCCUCAUCAGCUGCAGAUUACAGACUUCUUUUCUGCCGACGGAGAUGUAUCGGGAAGUACCAAUACGCACCGGACCAUCAUCGGGGCUCUGGGCAACGAGGCACUUCGAGAGUAUGCUGCCUACAUUAACCAGCUGUGCGGUGGCAAGUCAACUCCUGGCACGGUCUACAGCAAACUCCGCGUUACAAGAAGCAGCGUGACGUCGAGAAUAAUUGGCCAGUACCUCGCCUGCACCGGUGGCGAGACCACAUGCCAUCUCCUGCAAGAUCUCACAAUCUGGAAUGAAUUCCUUAUGCUCCUAAAUGUAGAGCUGAAAGAGUUGACACCCAGGAAGCUGGGAGUGGUUUCCCUAGGCAGCAGCUCAAGGGGGGAAUGGAGGAACUCUGAUCAUUACCACUCUUCCAUCCUACUCCACUGGCUUCUCAAAGAGCACCACUGCAUCAAGACCCUCCAACUCCAACAAGCGGUCGACCAAGAGAAUUCCCAAAUCCUCUUCGAUGCUCUGCGUCUUAAUAGUGGCCUGACUCGCCUCAACUUGAAUGAUUGUGGCUGGCCUGGAGACUCUUCAAUGCAGUUGAUUACUGCGGUCCUGACAAUGACUCAGCUUGAAGAACUUGAGUUAACGAAAGUGAAUGUGACCAGUGAUGCAUUAGUCUAUCUUGCAGAUGCUCUUGAAGGAAUGAAGCAUUUGAAGUCACUUGCUAUUUAUUUCAUUGAUGGGGCUGGACAUUACAUGAAACCUCUUUUGCAGGGCUUGAGCAAGAAUGUGACUGUCAAAAGUCUGCAAGUCGAUUAUUAUUGUUUUGCCCCUGGCAAUGACAAAGUAUUUGGAGAGUACCUUGCACAUAAUGCAAUACUAGAGAACCUGAUUAUUGAGCACGACUACUAUGGCUGUCAUUACGCAGUAGUUAAUGUAAGUGCCCUGGCCAGUGCAUUAAAAGUGAACAAGGUCUUGAAGAAGCUACGCCUCGGUGGUUUUGACCAUGAAGUGUCAAGAAUAAAACAGUUUGUUGAGGCAAUGACCAAGAACAGUACACUCCAACACUUGCACUUUUCUGGUCUUCAUUGGGACUUCGAUGCAAACAUUUUUGCUGAGCUCAUUGAAAAAAACACUGGUCUUUUGGAACUUGAGGUUUCAAAUUCCAUUCCCUGUUCCGUCGCCCCAGUAGCAGCUGCUAUUGCCCAAAAUGUGUCCAUGCGAAAGCUUACCCUUAAGUUAUCGGUUGCAACCCAUGAAAAGGCAAAACUAUUCCUUGAGGCGUUGGCAAGCAACAGGACUCUUGAACUAGUUACUAUUGGUGAUGUCGAUGAGACAUCAGUCUUGGACGUAUAUAAACUCUUGCAAGAAACUGGAACUGAAGCACGAGUGGAGUUUUGGGCAGCUUUUGAGGAGCCCUUGUGUCUUGCAAGCACCCUGAAGGACUGUCCAAAGCUGACCGACAUCAGUUUCGAAUCAUGCGAAGAUCUUGAACCGCAGCUAUUGUUAGGUGGAUUGGAGCAACUCGCCUCUUGCCGCCAUAUCGUUAAGCUCUGGCUUGCAUUAGAUGAAGACAUUGGCAGCGAUUGUGCAAAGUCCCUCGCUAGCCUCCUUUCCUCAACAAAGACUUUGAAGGAGUGCCAUCUAAGACUUGAGACGACUACACAAAUAACAGACAUUCUUCUGGGUGGCCUGUCUUGCAACAGAAGUAUCUCAUUAAUGUUUCUUGAGUACUGGUCCUUCCGGCACUGUCACGUUGGCUUGCUUACAGCAAUGUUGGAAGGAAACAUGGUAUUACGGGAUAUGACUCUGGAGUCUUCUGAUGACCAGACGUCCUUGUCGGUACUAGAAAUGCUACCGCAUUGUCUCCUCAAGAACUACUCGUUACUCAAUGUGGGUAUGAAUAUGUGCCUCGAGUUUAAAAGAUGCAUGUUUGAAGUCCGGGACAUCUUACGAAGAAACCUCUCAUUUUUGAACCGUGCAGCAGAGUUUGUGAUGGGCCUGCACAGCAAGCAUUCUGCCAAUGCAUUUGAGUGCCUCUACGAAAGCGAGACCUUAGCUUCGAAGGUGCAAGACCUUACUUCUGAGACUGCAUCUGAGGUGCAGCAGAGGAUCAGAAAAACCGCAGCUUACCUGAACGUAAACUUCCUAGCCAUCGUGGGUGUUGUUGCGGAUACUGUGACGUGCAACAGGAGUGACCAGGUACAGUUUGAUCAACUGGGACUGGACAACUGGUUGAAGAUUCGCUCUUAUUUGAGAGUUUCUGACAUCCGAGACCAAGGUACAACAAAGUGUUCUGUAACUUCUACCAGGUGUAGCCGCAAACGAAAGUUGUGUUGAUGCUGUUAAGACCCAAAGAAUGACGCUUACUGUGUGCGGAAAGACCAUUCAUUGUGCUUUGAUUCUCUUUGUAAGUAUGUAUUGUUAGUCGGUUUUUAUGUGAACAUACUGAUUUUAAGGAUAGCAAUAAAGGUUUCACUUGAAAGAAACAAAUUACUGUCCAGCCACUGCAAUCAGUUAGACAUACUUGUUUUCCUGCAACCACAGAACCUCCGUGUCAUCACAGCUUAUUGUCGAGCACAGUUUCACAUUCAUUUUCUCUCCAGAGAAGCAAAACUAUUGCAUAUGCAAUAGUUUUGUAGUUGUCACAAAGUGCAGAUCAUGAAGGUGUAUGGUGGACUGUGAAAGCCUCCGGAGGUUAAAAAUGUAAUUUUCGACUCUGAUUAGCAUAGAGGGCCUUUCCACAGUGAUGACAUAUAAUCUCAUAUUUCUAGGUAGCAAGAAUUUCUACUGUAAAACAUUAGCGAUGUACAUGCUACUACACAAAUUGAUUUCUUGAUUUUUCUUGUGACUCCACAUGCUACUACACAAAUUGAUUUCUUGAUUUUUCUUGUGACUCCACAGGCACAUCAUUUUUAAGAUUAAUAAAAAAAAAACCGCCUGCUUAAAAA